CUCAUAUGCCGGGUAAUCUUGAGAUAGAUUCUGCCCACCGAAGGCUAGAAGUUUUAAAGCAAUGUAUGCAGCCCAAUCAUGACUGUUAAGCUCCCUUGCAAUUCACCAGGCUCUUCGGGCCAUGGCCGAAGCUGUGACGUGUCCAUGACAGCCGAAGAGAACGAAGAGUAUACCUAACCUAUGAUGUUGCUAGGGCAGUGCACAUACAUGCGGUCAUCAACAAGAAAUUGCCGCGUGUGUGUUUGCCCAAGUAUAGAGCAGGAUUUGAGCAGUGUAUACGUAUAUAAAUACCAAGAGAGCUAUCGUGUAGCUCUGAGAGCAAAAGCUAUUUCAAAAAGGAAACAUAACCUGCCUAUCCCAAAGCAACAUCCGUCAUAGCAGAUUCAUAUUUCUGCUUCAUUAUUUUCAGGAUGCCUCCCGGGCCUGUGCAAGCGGACUGCUACACCAACACUGAUUAUGAAAUUGGAAAGCGGCUGUUCAAUGUUUAUAUGGCUUUAAUGAUAGUUCACACCUCGUCUAAUGGCAGAACAGAUGGUUCAUUGGUCGAGGCAGACCGAUUUAUUGAUUCGAAAGCUUAUGAUUUCGAAGCAGCGCUAGUAGCCAUAAAGAGCCUGAAUCUAGAUUUACCCCGCACGAACAAAUUUGACGAUGAGAGUUGUGAAGAUUACAUAUACAAGAUUCUCGGAUUCGUCAGAUUGUCCAAUAGCAGGGAAGACUUUGUUCCUCUGCUGACAAAACUCCAUCUGCAAAUCCCAACUUGCUUAGCCGACAUUGGAAUAUCGACAACUGCAUAUCAACAGUCAGUGUUGGAGGAUAUGGCAGGGCGUUAUAUCAGUCCCGCACCUACCCAGUGUUCAUCUAACGCGAAUGAUGAGCCUGAUAUUUGGAAGUAUACGUCUCGUUUAUGGGAGGAUGGGUCGAAUCACGGAGUGACGCCCAAUGUCAAAGAAAGUUGCCUCAGCAGUUACCCGCCCAAGUUUCGAAUCACCAUUUCUUACCUGGGUAUACAAGCGUCGGGUGAGGGUAAAAACAAGAAGCUUGCGAAACACAUCGCAGCUAAAGGUGUUUGCCAAAGGCUUGGGCUCCAACCAUGUUGA